GUUGUAAAGGAAGGAAGAAAAACUUGGUUUUCCUAUUAUUUACGGGGAUGGAUCAAGUCCAGGUGUUCUUCAAUCUGCCGGUAUCUCAUCUCCAAAAGCUAUCAUGAUUAUGCUCACUGAGAAGAAGAAAUCAGUUGAAGCUGUUCAGAGGCUACGAUUGGCUUUUCCCGCAGUUCCAAUAUAUGCCAGAGCUCGAGAUCCAAAACAUCUUUUAGAUCUAAAGAAAGCAGGUGCAACGGAUGCCACUUUGGAAAAUGCAGAGACUAGUUUACAACUUGGUUCGAAGUUGCUGAAAGGCCUGGGGAUGAUGUCCGAUGAUGUAGCAUUUUUGAGCCAGCUUGUUAGAGACUCUAUGGAGCAACAAGCAGAGUUAGCAGUCAGCCUACCAGAUUAUCGAGAAACAAAGAUUAUGGAACCACUGCAGCAGUACCAAGAUCUCAAAACUAAAUCAGCAAGAGAAAGACCAGCAGGAGAAAGACCAGCAUCUGCAGCAGCUCCUGCAACCUUAUGAACCAGAACAGUCCCUUUCUUCCGGCCAUCUCUAGUGGUGGUGGUAUAGCACAAUCAUCCUCAACAAUCACACUCUCUACUUUAUAACCUUCAGAUUUUGCUUGCUCAGCAGCCAAACCAAUAUAUCCGGCGAACAACACUUUCUCUCCCAAUAAAUCGCCGCACCUUCACCACCAUUUUCAAACCCUUCUCAAAUAUACAUCAACACUUGCAGGGUGAUAGAUAUGGAAUGAGUAAUGUUGACCCUUUUUGCUUCUGGAAACUUUUAUGGAUCUGUGGCAUCUUUUGGGUCUAUGAUGAACACUCAGAACACAAAUUCCGUAAAACUGCCGUCGAUACCCAAGACUAAUUCAUUGAUUAGCAGUCACUCAAGUCUGCAUGGUAUGCAGCAGGCUAUUCAUAUGAAAUCCCAAGCAGUCAAUCAAUUGGAAAAGUUUCAGUCUUCAUCGGUUUCAAGAGAUGCCUUUCUGCGUUCUCAACAACGGUAUCAGCAAAGGCCCCAGCAAUUGCAACAGCUAGAACAGUAUUCAUAAUCACGACAGCAAUUUCAGUUGAAACUACAUAGUCGGCAGCCUCAGCAUUUGGUCAAUGACGAUGGAUUCAAUCAGUCUCAGUUGUC